GACAGUUCUGUUCAGCUCCUGGCUGACUGCGAUAAAGUAUCGCAUCGAGGAGAUUCAGACCAAGCCAGAUGUCAAAGACCAGGCGGUUCGCAUGGGGAUUCUGGAAAACGAACAGUUCCCCUAUUUGCAAUGGAAUCCCGACGAGGGGGAACAUCAGAAGGAUCCGCAGGAUCCUCUCUCCAUCAAGGAUGCGAUCCAGGUGGUGGACCAGCUGCAUCAACUCAUCGUUCAUCCCAACGUGGUUGGGAGGUUCCAUCCUCUGCGCAAACUGACUUCGGAUAUGCAGAGCGAUGUUAUCCCGUGGACGCUGGAGACUCAAAACCGAACUCAGGAAUCCCAGAUGACUUAUCAGUUGAUCGGACGAAUGAUCCGCAGCGGCUGCACGCACCUGGCAGCCUCUGCCCUCCGGCCUUCCAAGUUGGGCAGAAGCCCACUGGCGACAGCUGUAGACAAGAUGAUCCAGGAGCUCUGA